AUGGCGACGCUGAUGGCCAGUAGCUCGGGGCCUCGCCCAAAGCGCCCUAAAGCUGGAGCAGAUGCAAAAAAAGGUCCACCGCGAAAGCGACCGGCGCAGCGUGCGCCUGCCAAGUCCAAGAAGGCCAAAAGCCCCAAGGCUCAGAAGCGCAUGAAGCGACCUGCGGGCACUGCGGGUGCUCCCAAGAAACGGCCAGCAAAGGCAAGACAGACCCCGAAACGUGGCAAGCCAGCAAAGCAGGGGAAGGCCAAGAUCCUCCCGCGCACCAUGGCAGGUGUUUUCGCUGCAGUGCUACGAAGCAUCGAUUUGUCUGCACCUUACCGGAAAAUCCUCUACGUUAUGCGGGGACCGCCCGGAUGUGGGAAAAGCACAGUUGCACGGAAGCUGCUUGCGAGACAUCUGAAAGAGCAGGGGGUUCGGUGGAACCCAUCUGGAGCAUCGUCGGCUGUCUCGCCCGUGAGUCGAGCAUUCGUUUGCUCCACUGACGAUUUCUUCACGCAAGUAGAUGACCUUGGAACAACCAAGUACACGUUUGACCCUCGGCGGCUUGGAGAGCUGCAUCAGAAAAACCAAGCGCGAUGCGAAGAAGCUAUGUUGCUCAGCCGAACUCCGUUGUUUGUGGACAACACAAACAUUGCUUUAUGGGAAAUGGCCUCUUAUGUUGAGUUGGCGGCACGGCAUGGGUACUCUGUUAUGAUUAUUGGACCUGAAGAGCUUGGCGAGGGUGCUCUUGAUCUUGCCACUCUCGUACGGCGCUGCCAGAAGCGAGCUGCCGGAGAAGAAGAGAAGGAGAUCCCGCAGUCCGUGUUGGAACGUAUGCUGAACAGGUAUGAGGAGCUUCCAGAGGACUUGCGAGGGCAGUAUUGGCCAGCCGAUGCGGAGCAGCUGGAGCCUGUGCGAACUGCAAAGCGGCCGGAGCCACCACCCAGAUUCCGAUAUGCGGGUUUGGAUGUGGAGGAACAGAUCUUAGAUGCCAUGGCCUCUGUGGAGCUUGCAGCAGAAUUCUGGGAGGCGUCUGGUGCAGACAUGCCACCCCAGGGCGAGCGACACCUCCUUGCUGCCCGCGGGAUGAGUGUCUGGCAGGUUCCACAGCGAUUGCAUGUCACUGUCAACUACUUUGGCAAAGAUACAGCUGGUAAAGAAGCGGCAUCCAAACUUCUAGGAAGAAGCUUUGGCGUCAAAGUCACGGGCCUUGUUUUCAUUUGCGGCGGCGGUCUGCUUUGUGCCACCUGCGAGUUUGAUGAGCAAGAUCUUGCCACACUAUCUGAACUGGCAGGUGAUGGCUGGCGACCGCACAUCACCUUGCUCCACAGUGGAAGCUGGCGUGCCAAAAACUCAAAUGAUGUCUUGGAAGGGAUGGAAAAGGCUAUCAGGAGUUCGACUGCGGCAGCGGCAAUGAAGGUAGAUUCUGGUGCAGUUGAAGUGGAUGAGACACAAUUAGAUGAUGCUACUCAGACGGACACAGAUGCUCAGCCACAACUAGCAGCUCCAAGCGAACCAGAAGCUCUCGAAGGCACCGUACCUGCAGAGACAGCAGGAGCAGCACCAGCAACUUCUUGCAGCUUGCUACCACAAGAUUCGUCCAGAACUUCAGAAGCUGUCUUGACCACUCCCACUCCUGGCUUGCAAGUGCUACGCGGCCUUGAAGUCUGCGAGAAGACGGUGGAUGUUGGCAUCAUGCAGUUUCCAGCUGUCGACCUUGGCCCUUGCGCAAAGUGGAAUAAGGAUGCUCUGAUGCUUCGGGCCCUGGCACUUUCCGCAGUGCUUGAUGCGAUAGCACUGGUCUACUAUGCUGUGACUUCUCCAUGGUUGACCACCCUGGCCCAUGCUUGCGCCAUUUGCAUGGGUGCUGAGCCCAGACUCAGACAAGUUCCAGCGGCGCUGUCCCGCACCGCAAAGUAUAAGUUGGCUUAG